AUGACAAAAGAAUCAUACAAAUAUGCAGAGCAUGACAUGUUUCUCUUACAUGCACCAAAAUACAGAGGUCAUUGUAAAAUUCACACUGAAGAGAAUGCUUUCAAAUGUACUGUGUAUGGCAAGUCCUUUGCCAGUGGGUUUUCUCUUCAUCUUCCUCAGAGAACCAAUACUGGAGAAAAACUUUUUAUAUGUGAAGCAUGUGGCAAGUCUUUUACUCAGAGUUCAACACUUCAUAUUCAUGAGAGGAUCGAUACAGGAGAGAAAUUAUACAAGUGUAAAGAAUGUGACAAGUCAUUUAACAAGGCCUCAAAUUUUCACGUUCAUCAGAGAAUCCCCAGUGGAGAUAAACCUUACAAGUGUAAUGUAUGUGAUAAGUCAUUUACUCGAAGUUUAACACUUCAAGUUCAUAAAAGAAUACAUACUGGAGAGAAACCUAACAAAUGUAAGAUAUGUGGAAAGGCCUUUAUUCGUAGCUCAACACUUAAAGUUCAUCAAAGAAUACACACUGGAGAAAAACCUUACAAAUGUAAUGUAUGUGGAAAAGCCUUUACUCACAGUACAACACUAAAAGUUCGUCAAAGAAUACACACUGGAGAAAAACCUUACAACUGUUCAGAUUGUGGAAAGUGCUUUACAGAUAGCUCAAAACUUCAAGUUCAUAAAAGAAUCCACACUGGAGAUAAACCUUACAAAUGUAAUAUAUGUGACAAGUCAUUUACUCAGAAUUCAGCACUUCAAAUUCAUAAAAGAAUACAUACUGGAGUGAAGCCUUACAAGUGUAAAGAAUGUGGAAAGUCCUUUCCCAAAGUCUCAACACUAAAAGUUCAUCAAAGAAUACACACUGGAGAUAAACCUUACAAAUGUAAUGUAUGUGGAAAGUCCUUUAAUGACAACUCAGCACUAAAAGUUCAUCAAAGAGUACACACUGGAGAAAAACCUUACAAAUGUAAUGUAUGUGGAAAAGCCUUUACUCACAGUACAACACUAAAAGUUCAUCAAAGAAUACACACUGGAGAAAAACCUUACAAAUGUAAUAUGUGUAGAAAGUCUUUUACCAGCGGCUCACAACUUAAUGUUCAUCAAAGAAUACACACUGGAGAAAAACCUUACAAAUGUUCAGAUUGUGGAAAGUCCUUCACUGAUAGCUCAACACUUCAAGUUCAUAAAAGAAUCCAUACUGGAGAGAAACCUUACAAAUGUAAUGUGUGUGGAAAGUCAUUUACUCAGAGCUCAACACUUCAAAUUCAUAAAAGAAUACAUACUGGAGUUAAGCCUUACAAAUGUGACGAAUGUGAAAUGUCCUUUACCAAAGGCUCAACACUAAAAGUUCAUCAAAGAAUACACACUGGAGAAAAACCUUACAAAUGUUUAGAUUGUGGAAAGUCCUUUACUGGAAACUCAACACUUAAAGUUCAUCAAAGAAUACACACUUGAGUGAAACCAUACAAAUGCAGAGAAUGUGGCAAGUUUUUUAGGAUAGACUCACAUCUACAAAUGCAUCACAGAAUACACACAGAAGAGAAAAUUUACAGAGGAAAAUAAUGUGACAAAUCCUUUACCAGGGCCUCAACACUUCAAGUUUAUCAAGAAAUCCAUAAUGGAGAAGAAAGUUAAAAAAUACAGAUUGCCACAAGUUCUUUGUCUAUGAUUAAUAUGUUCAAGGCACUUUAGACCCAUUGAAUACA